AUAUGUUCAGAAAACAUCAAAUAUAAAUAUUGUACACAUCCCGCCAAAACGUCUUUGUGAUAAAUAAUAUUUAUUCUAUUUAAUGGCUUUUAUUAAAUAUUAAAAAAAUUAAUGAACAUUGAACAAUGCCGGAGUACAUGAUUGGUGGUGUUUCUGUCAAUUUUCCGUUUGAGCCGUACGAUGUGCAGAAAGCUUAUAUGGAGAAAGUUAUUAUUUGUUUAAAGGAUGGCACAAACGGUGUUUUGGAGUCUCCGACGGGUACAGGAAAAACGUUAAGUUUGCUGUGCUCAAGCCUGGCAUGGAUAUUAUCACGAAAAAAUGAUUUAAAGCAUGAAUUAAUAAAGCAAUGUAAAGAACCAAAUUUUAAAAAUGUGAAUAAUGAAAUAGCUGUGUCCUUUAUGGGUGGCAGUUCGAAUGCUUCCAAAAAAGGUAACUGGGGCGUCCCAAAGAUUAUAUAUGCUUCACGCACACACUCGCAGUUGACACAGGCAAUGCAGGAGUUAAAACGCACUGCUUAUUCAUUUAUGCGGGCCGUAGUACUUGGUUCGAGGGAUCAGCUCUGCAUACACCCAGAGGUAAUGAGAGAGCAAGGGAAUUCAAAUAAAGUACAAAUGUGUAAGUUACGCGUACAAACUAAAACAUGUUCAUUUCAUACACGAGUAGACUCGAAAAAGGAUCAUCCGGAUUUGCGUGGUCCCACCAUUAUGGACAUAGAAGAUUUAGUAAAAGUUGGGCAAAAGCUUAAAAUUUGUCCCUACUACGCAUCGAAAGAGUUAGUAGAUGAUGCGGACAUAACAUUCAUGCCAUAUAAUUAUUUGUUAGACCCUAAAGCAAGAAAAGCAAAUAAAAUUGAACUAAAGAAUACAAUAAUCAUAUUGGAUGAAGCACAUAACAUUGAAAAGAUCUGCGAGGAGUCUGCUUCAGUGCAAAUACGUUCAUCCGAUAUUGCACAAUCAAUUGAUGACGUUACUCAUAUAAUGAAAGCGUUUAGUAACGGAGAUGGACAGGACAUGGAAGAUGAAACUAAAGAUUUUACUAUUGAAGAUUUAGCAUUGCUUAAGGAAAUGUUGCUAGGUCUUGAACAAGCUGUCGACGAUAUCACUGUAGACAAUAGAGUAGAUGGACAAACAUAUCCAGCUUCUUAUAUUUUUGAAGUACUUGCCAAAGCAAAUUUUGGUCAGAGCACGGCUGGCACAGUUGCUGCUUUAUUAGAAAAGCUUAUACAAUUCCUAGCAGUUGAAACAACUAACUCUGUAUUUCGCAAGGGUGGUAGUUUUCAGAUACUAUCAGAUCUGCUUAACGUUGUUUUUAUGCACAAGGAGGAAAAUAUGGAAAAACUACUCCGGAGUUUUAAAUUGCAUGUACAAAUUGAAGAGACAAAACAACAAACAGCACGUGGAGGAACCAAUAAAGAUGGGUGGCUUUCGAAAGUAGGUGCUGCCAAAUCUUCAUCGAAAGCGAAAGUAAUAAACUUUUGGUGCUUUAAUCCGGGAUUUGGAAUGGAGGAGCUUUUAAACAAAAAUGUUAGAAGUAUUAUACUUACAAGUGGUACGUUAGCACCUUUGAAGCCACUCAUUGCUGAACUUGCUGUUCCAGUUGCGCAACACUUAGAAAACCCACACAUAGUAAACAAAUCACAGGUUUAUGUAAAAAUUAUUGGUACUGGUCCUGAUCGAGAGCAGUUGAUAUCUAAUUUUGCGAAUCGUAAUAACCCAAAAUAUAUAAGCUCCUUGGGGCAAACCAUAUUAAAUGUGUCGAGAAUUGUACCUGAUGGAUUAUUAGUAUUUUUCCCUUCAUAUCCAUUAUUAAAUCAAUGUGUUGACUCUUGGCAAGCUAGUGGUUUAUGGUCAGACCUAAGUCGACAUAAACCAAUUUUUGUUGAACCACGAACCAAAGAAAGUUUCACAACUACAAUGGAAGAAUUUUAUCAAGCUAUACGCGACUCAAAAGGAGCAUGUUUUAUGGCUGUUUGUCGAGGUAAAGUAUCUGAAGGUCUGGAUUUUGCGGAUCGUAAUGGACGUGCUGUUAUUAUCACCGGUUUACCAUAUCCUCCGUUUAAAGAUCCAAAAGUUAUUUUGAAAAGACGUUAUUUGGAGGAUAAUCGAACAAAAGAAAAUGAACUGUUAAGUGGUCAAGAAUGGUAUGGCUUGGAUGCAACGAGGGCUGUGAACCAAGCAAUUGGACGUGUUAUAAGACAUCGACACGAUUAUGGUGCUAUAUUAUUAUGUGAUAUGCGGUUUCAACAACAAUCUCAAGUUCAACAACUUUCGAAGUGGAUACGUGGGCACUUGGGACCGUCGCCAAAAAGUUCAAAUUUUGGUCCCAUAUUGCGCGAGUUGAGAGAAUUUUAUAAAAAUGCAGAUAAAAAUACACCAAAACCUGUAGAGCGCAGUGUGGAAAAUUUAGUGAAAGAAUCGCUUGAAGAUGAAGAGAUAGUACGGAGUAAAUAUUUUUCAGAUCCCACACAAAGUAUGGAAUCUAAACAAAAAUAUCACACGGCACAAAACAAUGCAAUAAAACUUGAGAGCACCAAUUCCAUACAAAGUUGGUCGCCUGCUGAUUAUGCUGCAGCAGCGGGACGGACUAGCAGCAGUCAAGCACCAACAGCCAUGGAUUUUAUAAGUCGUUUAGAUACAAACGUUAAGACAAUUGAUUUUAAUAGUAGUUCCGAUGCUGGACUAGUUAAAAUUCAUAAACGCGAAAGAAGCUCACCGUCGACUUUGAAUAACAAUUUAAAUAUUUCUGAAAUGAAUAAAAAAAAACGUUACAAAUUAGUCGAAAAUUCUAGUAUUACGACGUCGCCAUCACUAUUUUCUUCCUCCUCUUCGAGUUCGUGUGCUUCAGAAUCGUCUUCUUUAGAUAAUAAUAAAGAAGCGCCGGAAAAUCGUGUUGAGUUUUUAAGAGUGCUUCGCAGCUCACUUUCUCCGGAAAAUUUUGCUGCAUUUACUGCCGCCCUUAUCUCUUAUAAACGUGAUAACACAUUCGAUGCUUUAAUGACAUUGCUAAUGGAUAUAUUAGGAAAACCCCACUUGCUGUAUAUGCUGCGAGGAAUGCGACGUUUUUUGAAAAAUGAACAUAAAUCUCAGUUCGAUGAUCGAUUGUCGUGUAUAUCAUAGUUGUUGUAAUAUUUUAUAUUGUAUAAAGUUUUUAAUGCACUUACAGUUAUUUUUUUUUUAUUAUAUAUAGCGCGAUACUAGUGCUAGGUGCUGUUUGCAACACCUAAAAUAGACUACUUUUGAAUGUAAAUAAAUAAAAUUAAAUUAAAAA